CGCGCGCGCACGCAUGCCUGCGUGCAUCUUACAUCAUAUCCAUGUCCGGCUGAGCUGUUUUCCCUCACGUGAGGUGAGAGGAUUGAACCCAGGAUUGUUCGGGGAUUAGUCAACAGGAUUUGGCAGAUUGAGAAAUUAAGGAAGAGGAGCGCCACUGAGGGAGAGGUCACUUUGCCCCAAGGAGCAGCAAGGAAAAAAAACAAAAAAACAUUGAGUCACUGCAAGUAAACUUUUUCAGGUCAAAAAAACAACUUGUCCAAAUGUGCGCAUCCCCACUCAGCCCAGCCCAGCCCACCCAGCUCCAAUCUCCUAAUUCCCUUGCCUUGCACAUAAUGGAAGCGCCAGAACAGGAAAGACAUUCCCGGCUCAACAGAUGUGGACGUUCCAGGUGUCUGUCUGUCUGUGGAUCAUAACGCUCUCCCGCUUUUGAUUGACCAUUUUAUCUGGAGCGCUAACCUCAUCAAAGCUUUCUGGAGGACUUGAUUUAUUUAUUUUUUUCCCCACCUCUUUGUUGCUUUUGCCUCACUAACAUUCCAAACUGGAGACGCACUCGGACUCCGACUGCUGGGAUCAGCUGAUCCAGCUCCAUCUGUCUGGUUCUGGGGACUGGGCGCCCUGUGAUGACAGCCAGAAGUUGGAAAUCCCGCGGGAGGAGAUGGAGGUGGUCAAGGGCCAGAUGGUGGUGCUGCAAGCCUGGUACAGCCCCAGCUCGGACAUUUCCAAAAACACCGUUGUUUGGCAGUUCUUAACCGGGCACAAGCCCAAGCAGGUGAUCAACUUCAGCUCGGGGGAGGUGGGCCACGGUCAGAACAACUUCAGCAAGCGGGUGGGCUUCAGCGCCGCCAUGCCCGCCGCCAACCUCUCCAUCUUCAUCAACAACACGCAGGAGUCUGACUCGGGCAUCUACUUGUGCAGCGUUGUCAUACCCGGGCGCAGCAGCCCUGCUGGUCAGAUGCGCCUUAAUGUCAAAGUUCCACCAUCUCCUCCAGCGUGCACGAUGUCGGGCGAACCCGUCGUCGAGGGCAACGUGACUCUGAGCUGCAAGUCCGCUCACGGCAAGCCCGUCCCUCAGUACAAGUGGACCAAGACCGCCCCCAUGCAGGAGGUCUUCUUCUCGCCCAUGCAGAAAUGGAGGCCAUGCCCUCAGCCUAUACUGGUCCUGGGGUUUAUGGACGAGAGACAAGGCACCCUGCGGCUGAGCAACCUGACCAAAAGCAUGUCGGGGAAGUACAUCUGCCGAGCCAGCAACACAGCCGGCUCAGACAGCUGCUCCAUUAACCUGGAGGUUAUCACCUCUUCCAACGCGAGCAUGAUAGCAGUGGCCACGCUGGGCUCCAUGGUGGGACUAGUCGCCUUGGUGCUCUUCCUCAUAUUCGUCCUGAGGAGAAAGCGAGACACUGAGGAGGAGACGGCCAAUGAGAUCAAGGAGGACGCUCAAGCUCCAAAGCGAGUGUCGUGGGCGAAGAGCAACACGGGCUCAGACAUCGUGUCCAAAAACGGCACGCUGUCAUCCAUCGCCACCAGCCCUCGGCCCGGAGACCACCACUGCCAGCCUGCCUUCCACUACCCCUACUCGCCCUCGUCCACCACCGACACGCGCUCCGUCAUUAACGCCUACCAGCUGCGCCCGGGUGAGGCCAACACCCUGCGUGGCCUGCCAGGUUACAAUGCGGGCGGCACACCGUCGCGCAAACACAAGCGGCCCCCAGUCGCCAACGGGGGCCCGCCCCAGGUGGUCCGCUUGCCCCCCGUCAGGACCGAGGGGGCUCAGCCUCAGACACCGCCCGCCUUCACGGCAUCCCCACGGGCCAGCUCGUCGUCCACGCUGACCCGGGCGGGCACGGUGACCGUCAUGGUGCCUGCGCAGAGCCAAGCGGGCUCCUUGGUAUAGCCUGCGACUGGAUACGAGGGAGGGGGUGAGGCUCUAACGGUUCUCUGCCUUGUAAUUGGACUUUUCUGUGACCUCCUGCAAGGACCUUCUGUUUGUUCACACCACUGACUCGGAACAUUUUUGAUUUUCACUGCGAAGGUUUCUAGUUUUCUGAAUAACAAACUGCUUAGUGUAUGUAGUUUUCAGGCACAUUUCUUGAUAACGUCUCUCAGGCUUAAAAAAAGAGCUCCAAUUAAGAGCAAAGUAAAAAAAUUCAGGUUUUUAUAUGGAAUUGAACAGUUAUGGGUGGCACUGCUUAGCACAGCUGCCUCACAGUUCUGAGGACCUGGGUUCAAACCUGGCCUCGCCUGUGUGGAGUGGGCAUGUUCUCCCCGUACGUGCGUGGGUUUAAAUAAAAUAUAUAUACACAAAUGGGUGACUGGUUAGCACAUCUGCCUCACAGUUCUGAGGACCCGGAUUCAAAUCGGAGUUUGCAUGUUCUCUCCGUGCCUGGGUGGGUUUUUCUCCGGGUACUCCGGUUUCCUCCCACAUUCCAAAAACAUGAAUGGUAGGUUGAUUGAAGACUCUAAAUUGCCCGUAGGUGUGAAUGUGAGUGCGCCUCUCGCCCGAAGAUUGCUGGGAUAGGCUCCAGCACACCCGCGACCCUUGUGAGGAUAAGCGGUUCGGAAAAUGGAUGGGUGGAUGAACGGUUACGGAGCAUUGGAUGUGUUGCCUGUGAUGGUAGGCGGAAUGUAAGCAAAAAGAAAAAUUGUAAAAAAUAGUUGAUGGUGUUGAACUGUUUUUGGUGAUUGAGUUAAUGUUCGAGGGCCAGGAGACAUCCCAUAAUAUGCCCCGCUUUUUGCUGGUUGUGUAGUGGAAUUUAUAUACUACUGAAAAACGAUAUCUACAUAUGGUGUUAUUUACAAAUUUUGAGCAGCUACAUGUAGCAUUUGAAAUACAAUUUGGAUGGUUAGCAGUUGUUUUCCAAUAAAUAAGAAAAAACGUGUAACACUGGUUGUCUGUCUAUCAGAGCCUGACAUGGGAGCGGAUGUUGACUCCUGCUACCGAGUGACUGUUUAAAAAAAAUCCCACUCCCAUAGAGAUCGCUCCGACUCCCUCCCAAUCCUGCGUUUAAAAAAAUAAAUGAAUCCCACUCCCACUCCCACAGAGAUUGAUCCUAAUCCCAAGUGAGCAAUGUUGAGCUUGAUGCGCAGCGGAAAUGUUCAAAUAUCAAUUUGAUUGAUGUUAAAAUAACACUGCAUCAUAUUUUUCAUUCCCUUCAUAGUUCCCACUCCCGUCAAUUCCCGGUGACUUUGUUAGCACAAUUCCCACUCCUUCCCGCUCCCGAUGACCUUCGCUCCCGCUCCCGAUGAUCUUCACUCCGGCCCAAUCAUGUGAUUGACAGUUAAGUUUACUCCCAUCCCGCAGGAAUCCCACAGGAGGCUGUGGAAUUCCCAAAAAAUGUCAGCCUCUAGUCUCUAUAUGUGCACAGUGACUAGCUGGCAACCAGUCUAAGGUGUAGUCUGAUUUUGUUUUUAGGGGACAGGCUCUAACUCUCCACAACACUAAACAGGAUAAGCGGUAAAGUGGAUGGAUUUUAGCAUUAACAGAAUACAUUCAUUAUCGCCAGUUGACCUGAUGAUUAAUUAAUUUUUUUCAAUAUUUUAAACAGGA